AUGGCUCAAUCUAGUGGUAAAGCUUUGAUGCAGUGGAUGGUAGUAGCACUGCUCUUUUCCAUGUUAGGUAGCACUCUAGCUGUUGUAAUAUGUAACAUUGAUUCAAAUCAGCUAAAAUUAUGUCGUGACGCAGUUACCGGUAGAAACCCACCAAACCCGAGUAACGAAUGUUGUGAUGUUAUCCGCCGUGCCAAUCUUCCUUGCCUUUGUAGUUACAAAUCUAUCCUACCUUCAUUUGGAAUCGACGGCGCAAAAGCUUUGGCCUUGCCCGGUAAAUGUGGUCUGAAAACGCCGUCCAAAUGUUAA